GCCAAGGGGCGAGCACCCGCCGUCUGGAUUCCCGAGCAGGAAAGUGAAAGCGUUCAGGUGGAAGAGGCCUCGGAAGUAUCGGGGCCGACGCGAGUACCUGAGCGACCUGCGAUCUCCACCGCCGCCGCGACGACUCAGCCUCUGGGCGGGAGCUGUCAGCCGAAAAGAAAAUGGCUCAGCCGGGAACCGAUGCCCAAGCCAUGGAGAGGCCUGUGCAGACCGCACGCGUUCACGCCAGGGAACACGACUGCUGCGGGAGCACCAGAAACAGCCUCAGCCUCCUGGAAACUCGCAGCGCCUCCGCCUGCAGGAGCCGGAGGGGCGGACAGGACAAGUUUUUGACGUUUCCUAUUGUUGCCGGAAGUGACGUCGCGGAGGGGCCCUUAAAGAAUAAGGGUUUCACUUUCGCAGUUGCAGAUUCUCCAGAACGUCUUUAUUUCUCGCUUCUCAUUCUGAACGAUUAUAGCCAUAAAAAUUGUAUUCAUUUGAAAUAUGAUACUUUCUAUGAGGAUUAUAAUUGAUAAGAUUCUUCUGAGAUUCAUGCCUUCCGAGGAAGACGCGGGAACGGAGUAUGGAAUCUGCACCGAGGAAUCUCAGAGUGUGGGACAGCCCGCGGCUCGGAACCUUUAGCCGCUUUUCGCGGCGCGCUGGAACCCACGGUUCAGAAUACAAACGGUCGGCGCGAGAGGAGUCCUGGGGCGCGGGCGCUAGGGCUCCGGGGCUGGACGCCUGGUUCCCGCCACUUUCUCGAGUUACUUGUGCUCCCUUCUCCUUUCCGUAUUGGUCCGGUCGCCUUGGGAACCCUGCCCUUUGCCUGGCGGCUGCUGGCAGCACCAGAGCCUGCGGACGGACUGUGCUCCGGCUUUGACGGGGUCGCCUGAAUGCUGUACGCACCGAGGUUCCGGAGUUGUAGGCGAAUGAUCAGAUGAAAAGUUACAUGAUUUUUUAAGAGUUGGAGCUGAAUCUAAUAUUCAAUAAUGGCAACAGGUGACUUAAAAAGAAGCUUGCGGAAGCUAGAACAAGUACUUCGUUUGCUAAAUUACCCUAAUGAUGUCGAUUAUGUUGGUUUGAUGAGAGGGGACACCGCAGCAUCCUUGCCCAUCAUCAGCUAUUCUCUUACCUCGUACUCCCCUUGUAUAGCAGAACUUCUGAUGGAAUCCAAUAUAGAGCUCAUAGCAAAGAAUGAUGUGCGCUUCACAGACACCGUCUAUAAGCUUCUUCGUGAUCAAUUUGAUUAUAAACCAAUUUUGACAAAAAAGCAGUUUUUACAGUCUGGAUUUGCUGAGUGGAAAAUCCAAAUUGUCUGUGAUGUAUUGAAUUGUGUGAUGAAAAAGCACAAGGAAUUGAUUGGCUCUGACAAGAAUCCAUCAUGCCAAAAAAAGAAGAGCAUCUCUGAAAAGCCAGAACUUUGUUUGAGCAGUGAGAACCCCACUGUAGAGGCUGUUGGCAUUGACAUCACUGGCAGGUUCAUGACUUCAGGGAAGAAAAAAGCUGUGGUCAUCCGUCACCUGUACAAUGGAGACAGCGUUGGCGUGCCCGAAGGGACAGGAAGUUCGGCAGAAGUGAGUGAAGGGUGUGAAGAUUCAGAGCAGACCUCUGACAUCAUGAUUGCUGACGAGCAGGCCUCCAAUGUCGUGAUUGCUGACGAGCAGGCCUCUGACGUCAAGACUGAGCUGAAAGAUGUGUGUGACAAUCCUGAGAUUAUCGCACUUCAGAUUGCGCUUGCUGAAUGCCAAGAGCAGCUUCAGAGGCUGACGUGGGUGGAGAAAAGGCUUGAGUGUUUGGAAGCCACAGCAAAAGGGAAAGUGAUGGUGGACGAGAAGGCCUGGAAUAACCUCCUGAGCCGAGUCACUCUUCUCGAGACAGAGCUGCUGCUGUCUAAGAAGAAUGAAUGCGCAGAGCUUGAUGCAGCAAGUGAAGACUAUGACUCUGUUAGUGGCUUGAAUAAUGUGCCCCUUGAUAAACAGUACAGGAUGGGGGCACCAGCCAGUACGUACCGCUCGUCUGGCUGUAGCACAGUGUCACCAGAAUCAACGCCCACGGGCUCCACUGUUCAUUAUUGUGGACUGAAAGAUUUUUCAGAGGGUUCUUUGUGUUGACGAGUCUUCUUAUGCGGUGUCUCAGAGUGCGUUUCAUAUAUUCAAGGUCCAUCUUUGAGGAUUGUUUACUUUGAGAAAUUGCCUAAAUUUGUUGCUUUUUAAAUUAAAGGAAACAACAAUGCAGAAAAUGGAAAGGAUGAAAAAGAUGUAAGUAACAGAAAGGGGCAACAGAAAUCAUUUCUCUGGAGGGAACUGGACUGGAGUGUGGAAUGCGGAUGCACACGUGUUUUAGACCUUGAGAAGCUCAGUCAGUGUGGAAUUUCCUUUAGGACUCCAGUGGAUAGUGAAUCUACUUGCAGUUGGGUGUGUGUGAGAUGAGUCGCGGCUUUGGUUUCCAGUAAGCACUGUAAAACACAAUACAGAAUUUAUCAUGGGUUACAAAUGGUAAAGAUGCUUUGGUGGAUCAUUAAUUCAGAUUUCUCUACUUCUGAUAACUGAUUGACCAAAACAUUAUGAUAGUUGGGAGACAUUUAAUAUUAGUUAGGCUUCAAAAUUGUGCUGUUUCCAGUGAGCUAUCGAUGCAGUACCACAAUGAUGCUUUUACUGGGGACAAAUAAUAUUAUAUCUGAUUUUAGCACAGAGUGGUUUAAAGGAAAUAAAUGAUGAAAUGGUAUCAAAAUGUUUUAUACCCUACUACCUUAAGAAACUACAAAACUCUUUGGCAUUUGGAAAAUUCUAAAAUAAUUUAUGCUACAAGAAUUGGCUGAUUGAUGUUUGUUCUAUUUUUAUAUAUUAAUAUUAAUUCUGCCUAAA